GUUCAUAAAAAAAAAAAAAAUUACCCCUUUUUAACUGUUUCCUAGCCAUUAUAAAGCUAGCUGGAAAAAAAAAAGAACAAAAAAGUACAUCUAAAUGUGUGCAAAAUUAUGAACACACCUAAGCGCACAAUUAUGUUUCCCUCCGCGGGCACGCGCAAAUUCGAUCUGCACACAGGAUUAAUCUGAGCCCUGCCGAGGAAGUGCACUCCCCUCCAUUUCGCGUAAACCCUUGUCCGUAUGUCUCUCUCUAUAUGUGUGCUUGAUGGUAACCCCUGCCCACACACGGUGAAAGGAGAAUGCCCCCAUAACUUUUGCAUUUAUUGGAGGGAAAAAUUAAGAAGUCCCUUCCGAGUUUCAUCGCAGAAAGGUCUACAUUGUUUUCAAGACAAACGUGCACACGCGCAGUGAAACGACUUCGCCUUUUUUUUGUUCUCCCUCUAAAUUAUCGCUACCAAUUGGGGAAACAUGAUUGACUCGUGCCCAAGUAGCGCUUUAAACGAGUUCCGCUUAAGUGAAGAGCAGAUCAUCGAAAAUUUCACGCGCAACCGAAAUGAUGACCCCCGCGGGACGGACUACCCCAUUGAAAGCCUGCUACGCAAAAUCAGGAACUUAGAAAAUGAAAAAAAAUUCCUACUGAAGUCUUUGGAGAAUAAAAAAAAUGUGGAGUUGGAGUAUAGGAAGGCGCUGGAGACGCAGGCCGCAUUCAUCAGCGCGGAGAAUAAAAAGUCCCGGUUCUACGAAAACGAAUGGCUGAACAUGAAGUCGCAAGAGCACUCGUUCAUGACCUCCGGGAGGGCCCCCCUGAGGCAGACGCUGGAGUUGUUUUACGAAGAUGAUGGCCUGUACAAGAAAUUGGGAAGACUCACCAGCACCCAGGAAACCUUCAUCGCUAACUUGAUCGAGGACCACACGAACCUGGCGCGGGAAAGGAACUCCCUUUCGAGAAAGUACCAGGAGGCAGUGGACGCCAACUUCCAACUCUAUCAACAGAACGAAAUGCUCAAGGCGCAAAAUGUAAACCUCGUGGAGAGGAACAAAGACGUGAUAGAUCAACAGAUGGAAAAAAAAUUAAUCGCGCUGAACGCCUCGCUCAUUCAUGUCCAGAAGGAGAACAUCCAGCUCAGGGAAACUGUAGAGCAGUACAAACAGCUCAUCGAUAACAUAGACAACAGCCCCGAGGUGAAUUCCAUCAAGGAGGAGCUGGACAAAUUUAAAAAGUGUUUGCUCAUGUGA